CAGCACAUAGUGAUGAAACUCGCAGCUAAAUCUCAGAAAUUUUAAAAACAUCUUCACCAAAGAGAAGUAAAUCCAAUUUUAUUAGUCGAACCAAUCUCAAGUAGUCAUGAACUCGAUCAACAUCUUCCUGCUCGGACUGUUUCUGGUGACGAGCUACGCGACCCAGAACAAAACGCAAUUCAUCGCCACUGAAGAGUGGCAAGAGAUCCAAGAAGGUCAACCCAUCCCGCAGGGUUUGCACGUAAGAAUCAAUUUGCAAACUGGCAUGAAGGAAGCGAAGCUUCUGGAGAAGGAAGACAACAAUACCCAAUCUACUGCAUCGCUGUCCACCGUGCCCGGCGAGGGCCUUCAGGAUCAUGGUGGAGGCGGCAGUGCUUUACCGUACGACAACAUCGGUAAGCUGAAGGAAGCCUUGGAGAACAUUCCCGGCGAUGACUUCAAGUUCAACGAAGAAGAGCUGAAGAAAGUCAACCAGAAGUACAAGACGUACGAGCAGAUCAAGCAGGAACUGAAGGAAGUCAAUCUGGAGGUGAAGAGCGACAGUGAUAUCAUGGGUGCGUUGUUUGAACGGUUCGAAGGGAUUCUAAAAUCGAAAAACCAGGCUGAGAGCACCGUCAAGGCCCAAUUGGACGUGAUGUUUGAAGAUUUGCUCUACUUGGUCCAUCAGAUUGACAACGCCAUCGAGUUUAUAGAUCGCCAGGGAAUUGAGAAGAUUAUUUGGCCAAGUUUGAACCAAACCGAGUCUUCGUUGAAGAUUCACGGGUUCAAGCUGCUCGGGACGGUGGUUCAAAACAACCCAAAAGCUAAGGUUGCACUGUUUGAACGUAACGGAGGAAGUAUUUUGCUGACAAAGCUUUCCCAGUCGAGCAAUUCUGAAGAAAUUUCCGCAGGAUUGUACGCUUUCGGCGCCUUAUUGAGAAAAUUUCCAUACGCACAGAGCGAACUUCUCAACCCUCAUGGCUACAGUCUGCUGUUCGACGUUCUGGACAAAAAAAUCGAACUUCGGGUAAAGGUCAAAAUCGUCAAGCUAAUCACCGACUUGGUGCAGGACUACGAACAUGCUACAACGGUAGCGGAUGUUGACGCAAUCACCCGGGGACGGUACGAAUCGACCCAGCUGAAGGAGCAUCUACGAAAGGUAGAGUACUGCAAGCGAGUCGGGGACUUUUUCCAUCAGAACAAAGCCGGUUUCGUGCAGGAUGACAAUCUGACGGAGGAAGUGGUGAGUGCACUGCGUAGCGUCCGCGUGGGUCUCUGUCAGGACACGUGGUCCAAAUGUCCACUGUUUCGGCAUACGUUGCUGGUGUUGAGGAAUAACCUGGAUACACGGCUGAGCGAGUGGAGUGGGGACACGGACGGGCGGACCUAUCUGAAGGAGAUCCAGCAGACCAUCGAUCAGUUCGUGGAAGAACUGUACGUGAAGGAGAUGCCGAAGGAUGAACUGUGAAGAAUGGGUUUGGGUUUGAUGAAGUAUGAGAUUGUAAAGUUGCAAUAAAC